GGCACUACCCUUGAUUCAAUCAUCCCAAAAGCUUAUCGCCUUUUAGCCUGGAAAGACAAAUCCAAACGAGGACAUCGCGUAUCAUCCUUGAGCAAGCAUAGAUAAUUCACGAGAGGAGAGAACGCGCCGUGUGGUUUCAACUGCAGCUAGCCUUGCACGCAGUACCUUCUCCCCGGAGAAAACGCAGGAUUUCGCACGCAUCGCAAUAGAAAACAAGCCGCGAGAUCUUUUCAGCUCGCGGUUUCAGACAGGAAAGAGCCGGUCACCCCAGCUCCAGGCCCAGCUCGUGCGCUGCACGCUGCCACUUGCCACUACUUAGCCGCUUGCUGCUCGCCUUCUCGGAUCAUCAGCUGGCCCCUCGCGCGAUGGGGUCGCCGCCUGCCCCCACGCGCCUCGCCUUCCUCGUCUUCCUCCUCGCCGUCCCGUGGGGCUCCGACUGCGCUGCCGACCCCGGGUACCGUGUCGUGUCGGUCGCCGGGUCGCAGGGCCUGCUGUCGGCGCGGUUGGAGCUCGUCGGCGGGACGGCGCCGGAGCUCGGGCCGGACGUCCGGAGGCUCAGCCUAACCGCAAGGUUGGAGACGGACAGCCGGCUGCACGUCCGCAUCACCGACGCCGACCACCCGCGAUGGGAGGUUCCACAGGACAUCAUCCCGCGCGAGGCUCCGAAGGACGUCUUCCUCGACGCAAGCAAGGGCGCGGGAGCCUCGCCGCACAGCCGCGUCCUCUCCGCCGCAACCUCCGAUCUCACCUUCACCCUCCACGACUACCCGUUCCGCUUCACCGUCUCCCGCCGCUCCACCGGCGACAUCCUCUUCGACACCUCCCCCACGCUCGUCUUCAAGGACAGGUACCUGGAGGUGACGUCGGCGCUUCCGGCCAACAGGGCGUCGCUGUACGGGCUGGGCGAGCACACGAAGCGCACGUUCCGGCUGCAGCGCGCCGAGACGUUCACGCUAUGGAACUCGGACAUCGCGGCGGGCAACGUGGACCUCAACCUCUACGGCUCGCACCCGUUCUACCUGGACGUGCGGUCGGCGCCGCCCGACGGGGCGCCCGGUGUGGCCGGAGCUGGCGCCGCGCACGGCGUGCUCCUCCUCAACAGCAACGGCAUGGACAUCGCGUACGGCGGAUCAUACGUCACUUACAAGGUCAUCGGCGGCGUGCUCGACUUCUACUUCUUCGCGGGCCCAGCCCCGCUCGACGUCGUCGAUCAGUACACCCAGCUCAUCGGCCGCCCGGUCCCCAUGCCGUACUGGUCGUUCGGGUUCCACCAGUGCAGGUACGGGUACAAGAACUUGGCUGACCUGGAGGGCGUGGUGGCCGGCUACGCCAAGGCCAGGAUCCCGCUGGAGGUGAUGUGGACGGACAUCGACUACAUGGACGCAUUCAAGGACUUCACACUGGAUCCGGUGAACUUCCCGGCUGGCCCCAUGCGGCGGUUCGUCGAACAGCUUCACCGGAACGGCCAGAAAUACGUGGUCAUCCUAGACCCAGGGAUCAACGUGAACACGACGUACGGGACGUUCAUCCGCGGGAUGCAGCAGGACGUCUUCCUGAAGCGGAACGGCACCAACUACCUAGGCAAGGUGUGGCCGGGCGUCGUCUACUUCCCGGACUUCCUCAACCCGCGCGCCGCCGAGUUCUGGGCGCAGGAGAUCUCCUUGUUCCGGCGGACCAUCCCCGUCGACGGGCUCUGGAUCGACAUGAACGAGAUCUCCAACUUCGUCGACCCAGAGCCACUCAACGAGCUGGACGACCCGCCGUACCGCAUAAACAACUCCGGCGUGCACCGCCCGAUCAACAACAAGACCGUGCCGGCCUCCGCGGUGCACUACGGCGGCGUGCGCGAGUACGACGCGCACAACCUCUACGGCUUCCUCGAGGCCAGGGCCACACACAACGCGCUGCUCGCGGACACCGGCCGCCGGCCCUUCGUGCUGAGCCGCUCGACGUUCGUCGGAUCCGGCCGGUACACCGCGCACUGGACCGGCGACAACUUCGCGUCGUGGGACAACCUCCAGUACUCCAUCAACACCAUGCUCAGCUUCGGCCUCUUUGGCAUCCCCAUGGUUGGCGCCGACAUCUGCGGCUUCGGCGGCAACACCACUGAGGAGCUCUGCAGCCGCUGGAUUCAGCUUGGGGCGUUCUACCCGUUCUCGAGGGACCAUUCGGCGAUCGGCACCGUCCGGCGAGAGCUGUACCUGUGGGAAUCGGUGGCGCGGUCGGCGAGGAAGGCGCUCGAGCUGCGGUACCGGCUAUUGCCCUACAUCUACACGCUCAUGUACGAGUCGCACACCACUGGGGCGCCCAUCGCGCGGCCGCUCUUCUUCUCGUACCCCAAGGACGUGGACACGUACGGCGUGGACCGUCAGUUCCUGCUUGGCCGCGGCGUGCUCGUGUCGCCGGUGCUCGAACAGGGCGCCACCACAGUCGACGCCUACUUCCCGGCCGGCCGGUGGUUCAGCCUCUUCGACUACUCCCUCACCAUCGCCACAGGUACUGGCAAGCGCGUGACGCUCCCGGCCCCCGCGGACACUGUGAACGUGCACGUGGCCGGCGGCAGCAUCCUUCCGCUGCAGCAGCCCGAGCUGACGACGUCGCGUGCGCGCCAGACCGUCUUCAACCUCCUGGUCGCGCUCGGAGAGGACGGCUCGGCCGCCGGAGAACUGUUCCUGGACGACGGCGAGUCGCCGGAGAUGGCCGGGGCGCAGGGCAAGUGGAGCCUGGUAAGGUUCAGCUGCGCGACGGAGCGCGGCCGCAUCACGGUGAGAUCGCACGUGAUGCACGACUCGUACGGACCGAGCCGGACGCUGGUCAUCGCAAAGGUGGUUUUCCUUGGGCUGCAGUCGCCUGUGCCAACGAGGGAGUUCGCCGUUUAUGUCAAUGGUGUCAAGAGGACCGCGAACUCGACCGGCCCCGACAACGGGUACCGGAGGAGCGGAGCGCUGGGCGUCGCUCACGUGGCGGGGCUGUCGCUGGCCGUCGGGAAGGAGUUCGAGCUCAAGGUCGUGAUAUAGCAUUCGAGAAUUGGCGCAUAAGGUAUGAAUAAAAUUUGAUCAGAAGAUUAAGCUUGGAAUAAAUGGCAUCAUCGAAGCAAUAUGAUUGUAUCAUAGCAACAUUGUGCAAUACGAUGAUCCAGCGUGUCCUCCUCCUCCA